CAAUCACGGCGUGGGGGGCGUGACCGGGAGCGCGGGAAAGAUGGCGGACACCGAGGGGAGCGUGGGGAAGCGACCCCGGGGAGCGCAGGUCGAGGACAGGAAGGUGGACUGGCGGCGCUGGAAAGAGGAGAGGAAAGCGGAGAAGAAGAAAUGGAAGGAGAUGAAGCUGCUGAAGAAGCUGGAGAAACAGCGGGUGCGGGAGCUGGCAGAACAGGAGGCCAAAAAGAAGGAGGAGCAGAAGGAAGACAGAGGCCGGCACCACACGCUGAGUGUGGCCCUGCCGGGCUCCAUCCUGAACAACGCGCAGUCGCUGGAGCUCCGCACGUACCUGGCGGGACAGAUCGGCCGGGCCUGCGCCAUCUUCUGCGUGGACGAGAUCGUGGUGUUUGAUGAGCAGGGAGAGGAUGUGAAGAGCGUGGAGGGGGACUUUAAAGGAAUUGGGAGGAAAGGCAAGGCUUGUGUGCAGCUGGCUCGGGUCCUGCAGUACUUGGAGUGCCCUCAGUACUUGAGGAAAACCUUUUUUCCAAAACAUGAGGAUCUGCAGUUUGCAGGGCUCCUCAAUCCCCUGGACAGCCCCCACCACAUGCGGGUGGAUGAGGGCUCGGAAUACCGGGAGGGCGUCGUGCUGGACCGGCCAUCGAAGCCAGGCAGAGGUUCUUUUGUUAACUGUGGGAUGAGGAAGGAGGUGCAGAUAGACAAGCAGCUGAACCCUGGUCUGAGAGUCACCGUCCGCCUGGAGGAGCCCCAGAAUCCAGAAGCCAAAGUGCACAAAGGCACCGUGGUGUCCUCACACCACCCCCGGACGGUCUCGGGCUUGUACUGGGGGUACAGUGUCCGCCUUGCCUCCUGCCUGAGUGCUGUCUUUUCCGAGUGCCCGUUCAAGGAAGGCUACGAUCUCUCCAUUGGGACCUCAGAGCGGGGCAGCCCCGUGGACCAGGUCACUCUCCCCUCCUUCAGGCAUGCCCUUGUCGUGUUUGGAGGCCUUGAAGGCUUGGAAGCCGGGGUUGAUGUGGAUCCAAACCUGGAGGUCACCGACCCAAGCACACUCUUUGACUUCUACCUGAACACCUGCCCCGGCCAGGGCAGCAGGACCAUCCGCACGGAGGAAGCGCUGUUGAUCUCCCUGUCUGUGCUCAGACCCCACAUCCAAGAGGCUGUGAAGACACCAGGGACAGCUGAGGGGAAGGGAAACCACUGACCUUGGCAGGCACUGGGGACUCGGGGAGGCGGCUCUUCAAACAAGGGGUGCUGGGCAAGUCACUCCAAGAGCCUGGCGGGGCCGAGGCACAGCGUGACCAAAGCUGGCAGCGCUGCCCAGCCAAGAAUUCAGCUGCUGCUGGGAGCAAGUCUGUGCCCUCCUGCCUGCAUGGCCCAGCAGCUGGGACGAGCCUGGCAGCAGGCUGGGUCUCAGCAAUUCCGACAUCUGGGGUGGGAAUAAAGCAGUAUGGAACCUCA